ACGGCAGGGAAUGUUGUUACGGCGCGUGCGCGUUGUGCGGAAUGGCAAUAGAGCUCCAUAGCGUGACAUUUCUGGCGCAGCCGGAAGUGUCCGAAGAUUGCUGAACGGAGCGUCCCAUUUGUCUCUCCCUUCACCCACUGCGGACACCAUGGAGCCGGGAGCUUGAGGGCGGAGCUGGUGCUUUUACCCCAGACAUGCUAGCCGGUCCCCUCGGUGAAGGUGCAAUCUACUCUGUGGUAUAGAGGCAUUAUGUACUCAGAGUGGAGGUCCCUGCACCUUGUAAUUCAAAAUGAUAAGGGUCAUACCAGUGUACUUCACAGCUAUCCCGACAGUGUGGGGAGAGAGGUGGCAAAUGCAGUUGUCCGUCCUCUUGGUCAAAUCUUGAAUGCUCCAGUAGCAGUUGGAAGUGAAAAUUUAUUGAAAACAGACAAAGAAGUAAAAUGGACCAUGGAGGUAGUUUGUUAUGGAUUGACCCUUCCUUUAGAUGGUGAGACUGUAAAGUACUGUGUUGAUGUAUAUACAGACUGGAUUAUGUCUCUGGUUUUACCUAAGGACUCCAUUCCACUGCCAGUUAUCAAAGAACCAAAUCUUUAUGUUCAAAGCAUUCUCAAGCAUCUACAAAAUCUCUUUGUACCAAGGCAGGAUCAAAGUUCCAGUCAGAUUAAAUUGUGUUUGCAAGUUCUGAGAGCUGUCCAAAAAUUGGCUCAUGAGUCAACCACUAUGGCUAGAGAAACCUGGGAGGUUUUAUUAUUGUUCUUGCUACAAAUUAACGAUACUCUACUAGCAGCUCCAACAGUGCAAGGUGGUAUUGCUGAGAAUUUGGCUGAGAAGCUGAUUGGUGUGUUGUUUGAAGUCUGGUUGCUAGCCUGUUCCAGGUGCUUCCCAACACCACCCUAUUGGAAAACUGCCAAAGAGAUGGUAGCGAACUGGAGGCAUCAUUCCGCAGUAGUGGAACAGUGGAGCAAAGUAAUCUGUGCCCUUACUGCUAGAUUGCUGCGUUUUACGUAUGGACCAUCAUUUCCACCUUUUAAAAUUCCUGAUGAAGAUGCCGGCCUGAUUCCUCCUGAUAUGGAUAAUGAGUGUGUGGCCCAGACUUGGUUUCGCUUUUUACAUAUGUUAAGUAAUCCUGUGGAUUUGAGUAAUCCAGCGAUUAUAAGCUCUACCCCCAAAUUUCAGGAACAGUUUUUAAAUGUCAGUGGAAUGGCUCAGGAAUUAAAUCAGUAUCCCUGCCUUAAACAUCUGCCUCAAAUAUUCUUUCGUGCUAUGCGUGGGAUCAGUUGCUUAGUGGACGCAUUUCUAGGUAUUUCAAGGCCUCGAGCAGAUAGUGCUCCACCCACACCGGUAACUAGAAUGAACAUGCCCCAGACUACUGCUGUCAACACAACUCCACCUCACAACCGAAGACACCGUGCUGUAACUGUGAAUAAGCCAACCAUGAAAAACAGCACAGCUAGCACGGCUCAUACUUCCAAAGUACAACACCAGCCAUCCUCCACUUCUCCACUGUCCAGCCCAAACCAGACCACUUCUGAACCUCGACCUCUCCCUGCUCCCCACAGGCCAAAGGUUAACAGUAUCUUGAACCUCUUUGGAUCAUGGCUAUUUGAUGCAGCAUUUGUUCACUGUAAGCUUCAUAAUGGAAUGAACAGAGACAGCAGUAUGACAGCAUCUUUUAUCCAAAUUCUUCUUUCUUAUAAAUCUUCUAUAGCAACACAAGCUAGUGUGGAGUUUCGCCGGAAGGGGUCACAAAUGUCAGCAGACACAAUGGCAUCCAAUCUUAUGUUUGAUGCAGGCGAAUUUUCAGACAACUAUGAAUCAGGCAGAGCAGAGGCAUGUGGAACACUUUGUAGAAUAUUUUGUAGCAAGAAGACUGGAGAGGAUAUACUACCAGCCUAUUUAUCCCGAUUUUACAUGCUUUUAAUUCAGGGUUUGCAGAUAGCAGAUUCUGUUUGCCACCCAGUUCUGGCAAGUAUUAUUCUAAACUCCCCAGCGUUGUUCUGCUGUGACCUGAAAGGGAUUGAUGUCUUAGUUCCUUACUUCAUUUCAGCACUUGAAACUAUUUUACCUGACAGGGAACUCUCAAAAUUCAAAACAUAUGUGAAUCCCACAGAACUAAGAAGAGCCUCUAUCAAUAUUUUACUGUCUUUGUUGCCUCUUCCCCAUCAUUUUGGAACAAUAAAAUCAGAGGUUGUUCUGGAAGGAAAAUUCAGCAAUGAUGACAGUUCAUCCUAUGAUAAACCAGUAACCUUCCUUUCUUUGAAGCUGAGGCUGGUGAACAUAUUAAUAGGAGCACUACAGACAGAAACGGACCCCAACAACACUCAGAUGAUACUAGGUGCUAUGUUGAACAUUGUACAAGAUUCAGCACUCCUAGAAGCCAUUGGUUGCCAGUUGGAGACGAAUGGUGAGAAUGCUGUACCAAAAAGCCACAGUCGUACUAACAGUGGCAUCAGUACAGCAAGUGGAGGAAGUACUGAACCCACAACUCCUGACAGUGAGAGACCAGCUCAGGCUCUUCUAAGGGAUUAUGCUCUUCAUACAGAUACAGCAGCCGGACUCCUGAUUCGCAGCAUUCAUUUGGUGACACAAAGACUUAAUGCGCAGUGGAGACAGGAAAUGAGCAUCUCAUUAGCUGCUUUGGAGCUUCUUUCUGGUUUGGCAAAGGUGAAGGUUGCUGUUGAUUCUUCUGACAGGAAGAGAGCAAUUAGUUCUGUGUGCAGUUACAUUGUGUACCAGUGUAGUCGUCCAGCCCCUCUCCAUUCCAGAGAUCUUCAUUCCAUGAUAGUAGCAGCAUUUCAGUGUCUCUGUGUUUGGCUCACUGAACAUCCAGAUAUGCUUGAUGAAAAGGAUUGUUUAAAAGAAGUAUUGGAGAUUGUGGAAUUGGGCAUCUCAGGAAGUAAAUCUAGAAAUAGUGAUCAAGAAGUCAAAUACAAAGGAGAUAAGGAGCCAAAUCCUGCUUCCAUGAGGGUGAAGGAUGCAGCGGAAGCAACCCUCACGUGCAUCAUGCAAGUGCUUGGAGCUUUUCCUUCACCCAGCGGCCCCGCCUCCCCUUGCAGCUUGGUAAAUGAAAUCACCUUAAUUAAAUACUCCCGUCUACCAUCCAUAAACAAAUACAGCUUCCGCUACUUUGUCCUGGACAACAGUGUCAUUCUUGCAAUGUUGGAACAGCCCCUUGGGAAUGAACAAAAUGACUUUUUCCCUUCAGUCACAAUUCUGAUCCGUGGGAUGUCUGGAAGACAUGCAUGGACCCAGCAACUCUGCCUUUUGCCAAGAGGAGCCAAAUCCAAUCAAAAGAUGUUUGUCCCAGAACAUCGACCUGCACCAAAAAAUGAUGCUGGAAUCAAGUAUAGUGUGAAACAUCGACCAUUUCCAGAAGAAGUGGAUAAGAUCCCUUUCGUGAAGGCAGACUUGAGCAUCCCAGAUUUGCAUGAAAUAGUUACAGAGGAACUGGAAGAGCGGCAUGAGAAACUGAGAAGUGGUAUGGAUCAGCAAGUUCUUUAUGAGAAAUCUAUAGAUCAGCAGAUGGAGGAAGAGUGGAGAAAGAAGAAUUUCCCUGAUCCAAUCACGGAGUGUAAGCCGCCACCGCCCGCACAGGAGUUCCAAACCGCACGCCUUUUCCUUUCACACUUUGGAUUUCUGUCGCUAGAAGCAUUGAAGGAACCUGCUAAUAGCAGACUACCUCCUCACCUGAUUGCACUUGAUUCUUCUCUACCUGGGUUUUUUGAUGACGUUGGUUACCUGGAUUUGUUGCCAUGUCGUCCUUUCGAUACCGUUUUUAUUUUCUACAUGAAGGCAGGCCAAAAAACAAGCCAAGAAAUUUUGAAGAAUGUAGAGUCUUCCAAAAAUGUUCAACCACACUUCCUAGAGUUUUUACUCUCUCUUGGUUGGUCAGUUGAUGUGGGAAGACACCCUGGGUGGACAGGGCAUGUCUCAACUAGCUGGUCCAUUAACAGCUUCUGUGAUGAGGAGGGAUCUGAGCAAGAUGAAAUAGUAUCUUCAGAAGACUUUGGGGCAAGUAUCUUCAGUGGGCAAAAGAAAGCACUAUAUUAUGCAGAUGCUUUGACAGAAAUAGCUUUUGUUGUUCCCUCGCCCGUGGAGUCCUUAACAGAUUCAUUGGAAAGCAAUGUCUCGGACCAGGAAAGUGACACCAGUAUGGAUCUCCUACCUGGAAUAUUAAAGCAGCCAGCACUAACACUGGAACUCUUCCCCAAUCAUACAGACAAUCUCAGUUCUUCUCAGAGGGUCAGUCCAACUUCCAGAUCAAAGAAGUUACCACAGGGUCGAGCUAUUCCUCCACUUGGACCUGAAACCAAGGUCUAUGUGGUUUGGGUAGAACGUUAUGAUGAUAUAGAGAACUUCCCUCUCUCUGACUUGGUUUCAGAAACCAGCACUGGGGUAGAAACUACAACAAACAGCAGCACUUCAUUGAGGUCUACUACUCCUGAAAAAGAAGUUCCAGUGAUUUUCAUCCAUCCCUUAAACACUGGGUUAUUUAGGGUAAAAGUGCAAGGAGCUACUGGGAAAUUCAACAUGGUCAUUCCACUGGUGGAUGGGAUGAUAGUUAGCAGGAGAAUUCUAGGCUUCUUGGUGAGACAGACAGUAAUAAACAUUUGUCGAAGAAAAAGGCUGGAAAGUGACUCAUACAAUCCCCCUCAUGUCCGUCGAAAACAAAAAAUAGCUGACAUUGUCAAUAGAUACAGGAACAAGCAACUGGAGCCAGAGUUUUAUACCUCUCUUUUCCAAGAGGUUGGGCUCAGCAGCUGCAACCCUUAGACCAAUAUCCUCCGUGAACAAUUAGAUCAGAACUUGGUGUCUACAGUAAUGAAAAACCUUCCUCAUCAUGGAACCCCUCUAUAAAGUUACCAUAAUCUGAGCAUGACUUCUACUUCCACCACAAAGAAACAAUGAAGACUCACUAUAAGCUCCCACCUUGCAACCAUUUGAAUAUAACCUCACACCAUCAGCUGUUGGAGAGGGACAAAUGUUCACUAUCAGUUAUUAAUUAGUAAUAGAUGAUAAACUAGGUCUGUAGCAGAGAGGGGGUAACUACAAGUCCCAUAUUUUUCCAUGUUCACAUAAAAUGCUAGAUUCUGACCACAGAACUAGCACCCAAAGUUUUGUACUUGGUUUUGUCACAGGCUAGCUCAGGGGCAAACUCCUCCACAGGAUUGAGACUUAUUUAUGUGGCUAUUUGUCUGGCUUGCUUUCCCACUUACAAGGAGGUCAGGUUUUAUUUAGUUCUAAUCCAGCCUUUUGCAUUUGGCUGUUGCCCGUAUUAUGCAUGUACAUGUAGGUCUGUUGCUCAAAAUCUGUUUAGUUUUGUAGGUGCUAGUCACCCUCUGCCUGCUUCUGGCUUUUCCAGGGUAAAAGUCUUAAGGAGAUAUUACAAAAAAGGUAGUUUCUUUGGGUUAACAAUGAUCCAUCUUCUGUCAGUCGUCAACCUUGGGGUGGAGAUGCAUGCUUGUAUAAUGACAUUUCAACAAACCAACCUUUGUAAAGGAAAGGAGCAAAACUGUUGUUGAAGUAGAUGCAGUGCGAAUAUUUCCGUCUCUUCAUGUAUGGAUGACGAGCUGGCUACAAAAUUGCCAGUGGUGAAAUCUGAAUGAAACAUUUCUGUCUGUGAAAAUCGUUUUUAAAAAAGGAUCAGAGCCUUCCUUUCAAGCCCCACGUUAUACUCAUUUAUUGCAAUGAAAGAGGAUUUUUUUUGUAAUGUCCAAAAUGAAUAAUACAACACUUAGCAGACUGUUGCUAAUCAAUGUCAUUGGUAGUAAAGGACCAUGCAAGUUAAAUGUCAGGUUAUAAAAUUUAUAUUUUAAGUUAUCUACAAUUUGUGCCCUGUCAUAUGUCACAGCUUCUUUUCUAAAACAGUGACAACAUAAACAUCCCUCUUCAUAAAUGUCUAAUAAGACAAAAUAUAUGAUGUGACAUGGAUUCAAGUUUCUUAACUCUCCAUUUUAUUGGUUACUAUAAUUUUUUCAUACAGGAAGUUACUGGAGGAGAGAGGCAAAGUAGAUGGAGGUGGCUUUUUAAAAAAAUUAGCGACAGUCACGUGUUUCUUACAUUGGCUCAUUCUGUCCCUAGAGAGAAAAAUCUGCACAUUCUUUAAAGAAGAAAUGAUUAGAAGACUGCUGUUUUCUUGCUGUUGGCAUAGAAUAUCAUUAUUUUAAUAGACUUCCCCCAAAGCUUCUAAAAUCAACUUACAUUUUUAAUAUAUGGAGAUCAUGUCUUCCAAAUGAGAACAGAGAGAACCAUUGUUCAGGGAAAAAUGUAAUGGUAGGUAUUCAAAAGGGCACUUCCUUCCUUCCUUCCUUCCUUCCUUCCUUCCUUCCUUCCUUCCUUCUUAAAUAAUAAAGAGGUAAAGCUAACUUAAACCUGCUACUACAACAAAGAUGAGAAGAUUUGCAGAAUAGUUAAUUUAUAAUACAGUAUAUGCCUUUGCAGAAAUAAUAAAUAUGCAGGUGAGCGACAAUUAAUUAUACAGUAAUUUUUCUUUUAAUUUGUUAAUCUCUGCUAAUGGCACACAGACAGCUUGUCUUUCCUUGAUAAACAAAUGGCUAAUUGUCCAGUGCAGCAAAUGAAUUUCUUCCCAGUGUUAGUGAACACAGGUUGUUGGGGAUGUUCCAGAUCUAAAUUAAUUCAUGCCCAAGCAUUCAUAGAAUGUGAAGUUGAUUCUGUUGCUUCUGCUAAUAGUGUUUAAUGUUUUUUGCAGACUAGUUGGCCACCACUUGUCUGUGCCUUUCCCUUUUUUAUAUUCAUUGUUUCCAGUGUGCAUGGCAUGGAGCUUUAAAAGCCUUUUAUUAAUGUGUUUAAAAUGAAACUCCAGGCAAAUGGACCAGAUUCCUAUUGUUAGUCCCCAACUAGAGUGGAAUGGAAUUUCUAUUAGUAUUGACUCACUAUUCUGGCAAUUGGUUCAGUGGGUUUUCUCUGGUUGGGACUUACAAUAUAAAUUUAGGUCCUGAAGGUUUUUGUUUAGUUGGACUCUAAAUGUUUAUAAGCAAAGAAACAAUUAAGGUAGGAAGCAGACUAAUAUUCAUCACCAAAAAAUGCAAAAGUAAGUUAUUUUUUGAACUGUUAGGAUUCUAAGGAAGUGCUCUAUGGAAGCUUGCAGGAGUAGUAUUUAUAGGCCAGAAUCUUCUUCCUUAGCAUAAACCAAAUUGUAGCAUUUAGUCUGUUCCUCCGUAGUAAGCAAAACAUCCCUGCCAUGAUUCUUAGGGGUGCACACACAUGCUGGCAUGGAGAGUGUGCACAUAUACAUGUGUCCUGAGAAUUGGAGCACAGACACUUAGUUUACCAGAAAGGAACAUACUAUAAAUUACAAUUUGGCUUAAGCUGAGCAAUAGCAUUUUUGCCCAGUGUGGAAUAAUUAGUGAAAAAAAUGCUUAGCAAACCGAACAUGAUUUUAAUAACUUUGCACAAAUUUCCAGUAUCUGUGUUAAACAAUUUUUUUGCAGCCAUACCGGCUUAUAACUGGUGCAGUAAACAAAGUAUUUUACUGGACAAUUUCUUCUAAAAGGGAUACUUUUGGUUCAUAAAAGCUACCACUGUGGCCUUUUUGAAGAUAAGAGUGACCUUUAUGCAUCUUUAAAGGGCUUCAGGUCUAUAAGAGAAGAUCAACCAAUGGAUUGUGCUCCUUCUCCUGAACUAGCAUGUCAGUGACUGUCAAAUGUGAGAUGUAGGCCCUAAUGACACUGUUGGUAAAGUAUGAGGAGAUCAUAAAACUGCUUUGAAAAAAAAUGCCAUGUUUGAUGGUUCUGUGUAUUAAAGUACAGGUUUGGAAUAUCAAUUGCUGCCAGUGAGGUCCAGGGUGCACCAAGACUUUAACAGAGGUUUAUCCUUGAUAGUGAGAAUUUGCAAUAUUAAUUUCGUUCAUGUGCACAAAAAUUAACUGUGCACUCUGUUAGGUACUGUUCAGAGCUAUAAGAUGACCUGUCACAUGUAGUUCAUGGAUUCAGUGGCAUGACCACUGCAUGUCUACGACAAAAACUACCAUAAACAUCUCUGAGCAGUUGGGUGUCUACAUAUUUUAAAAAUUAACAACUUAGAUGCAAUUGUUUGAACUGUGUAUGUAGUCUGGGCAAAGCCAUUAGUACAUACAAUGUCUGAUAGCCUGCCAAACCACCUUUGUGAAUUACACAAGUGAGAAAAAAAAUCUUAAACAUACAAUGGUUUUGGAACUAGACUAUAGCCAUGUCCAGGUUUGGUAUUCAAGACUUCAAACAAAUUGCUGUUAUAUCCUUCCCAGUUUAAAGUUCUGUUCCUCAGUGCUAGAAAUUUCAAUAUGUGAAAUGCUGCCAUUAAACCAAAAUGAUUGAUUGUGAAUGUUUCUUUUCCUCCAAGAGUUCCUUUCUAUUAUGCUGGUCUGUUAUUUAUCCCCAGAACUUAACUGGACUUUAUAAUUAGCUUGAAGUAGCCUUAACAGCCUUCAUUUCAAAAAGCUCUCAAACAGGCAUGCUAUCCUGAAUCUGCUUGCAUGUGAGUAAGUCUUCUACUUAAGAGAUAUACUUACUAGCAUACAAGUGGACUCUGUGUCGAAAUCUAAGUUUACAUGUAUGACUACUUUUGGAUUUGUUAAUAAAUGUGCCAAGGAGGGAAAUACAACAGUGGUCUCUCCAUACAGCACUGACCAAUUAAUGGAAAACUAUAAGGGCUCAUUUACUUUUUCUGUGUUCUCCCAGGUAUUGUAUAUGAUGUGAUCUUUCUGUAUAGAUGCUGGUUGUCUAAUUUCUAUGUGUGUAAAAGAGAAGGCUUCCAAAACACUGAAAACUUCCUGUCGUGUGCAACGCUGUUGACUGAUUGCAAUAAAACAUUCUGCCUAGCCCUGUC